AUGGACAGGAGUUGGAUGUCUAUUAAGAACUACCUAGACCCCAAGUAUUUAGAUGGAGUUGAUGAAUUUAUUAAGUUUGCUUUUCUAGGCAAGGAUCCUAAUUGUAAACUGCCAUGUCCUUGCAAAGUAUGCAAUAAUUUUGAGGAUCAAACUAAGGAAGUCAUGGCCAAUCACUUGUGUCGAGGAAUUGUUGAUAGUUAUACUAGGUGGAUAUAUCAUGGCGAAGGGUUUGAAUCUGAUGAUGAGAAUGAUGACAUAGAAAUAAAUGACAACGAUAGUGACUUUGACAGUAUGGAGGAGCUGUUAAAUGAUGUAGGAGUUGCUAACUUUGGUGAGAGUUGGAGACAUUCACCGGAACUUGAUACGGGUGCUUGUACCGAGAAAGAAGGAGAAGCAAGUAGGUUUCUCAGAUUAUUAUCGGAGGCUGAAAAAUCUCUAUACCCGGGCUGUGAAAAGUAUUCAAAACUCUCGUUUAUUGUCCAUAUCCUCCACUUGAAAACAAUGAAUCGGUGGACUUGUAAAUCUACUGAUAUGUUGCUGAAGUUCUUGCAUCAAGUAUUUCCUACAGCUUUGAUUCCCAGUUCAUAUUACGAGGCAAAAAAUUUCAUCCGUGAGUUGGGGCUGAAGUGUGAAAAGAUCCACGCCUGUGAAAAUGAUUGCGCACUCUUUUGGAAUGAAAAUAAAGGCCUUGAUCAUUGUCCAAAUGAAAAAUGUAAAGCACCGCGGUAUAAAUCUCCAAAUUCCAAAAUACCUAGAAAGGUGUUGCGUUAUUUUCCAUUAAAACCAAGGCUGCAAAGACUGUUUGUGAACAAAGAGAUUGCUCGGGAUAUGAGGUGGCAUAAGGAGAGACGUGUAGAUAAUGAGAACAUGAUGCGACACCCUGCUGAUUCAUUAGCUUGGAAGGAUUUUGAUAGAAAUCACAAGUCCUUCGCUGAAGAUCCUAGAAAUGUGAGGCUAGGACUUGCUAGUGAUGGCUUUAAUCCCUUUGGAACCAUGAGCAAUUCAUACAGUAUAUGGCCUGUUAUCCUUGUUCCUUACAAUCUACCUCCUUGGAAAUGCUUAAAAGAUCCAUUUUUUUUCCUAUCAAUGAUUAUUCCUGGUCCCAAAGCACCUGGAAAUGACAUUGACAUAUUCUUUAGACCACUAGUUGAUGAGUUAAAAGAGUUAUUUGCCACUGGUGUGGAGACAUAUGAUGCCUUCAGGGAGGAGAAGUUCAUGUUACGUGCAGCACUUUUGUGGACAAUAAACGAUUUUCCAGCAUAUGGCUAUUUGUCGGGAUGGAGUACAAAAGGGUACAAGGCAUGUCCUGUGUGCUUAGAUGAGACGACUAGUCUAUAUCUUAAUAAUGGUCACAAAUGUUGUUACAUGGGCCAUCGCCGUUUUCUACCUAUUGAUCAUAAAUGGCGUCGAGAAAAAAAGCAAUUUAAUGGAGAAAGAGAACAUAGACAGCCUCCUAGGACCCAAUCAGGUGAGGAAGUCCUCCAACAACUUCUUCGUAUUGAGCAAGUUGAGUUUGGCAAGGCACCUGAUUUGCUGCAACAGAAGAAAAGAAAACGCGUGCAGAACAGUUCAAAUUGGAAGAAGAUGAGCAUAUUCUUUGAACUUCCAUAUUGGAGUACCAAUAAAAUUAGACAUAAUUUGGAUAUUAUGCACAUUGUCAAGAAUGUAUGUGAAUCUUUGGUAGGUACAUUAAUGAAUAUCCCUUCGAGAACUAAGGACACAUGGCAGGCUAGGGAGGAUUUAAAAGAAAUGGGAUUAAGGGAAGAGUUGCAUCUACAACCGGGAGGUGGCGCAUCUAAAGUUAUGCCACCUGCAUGUUACACUUUAUCACGCCUAGAGAAAAAGAAUUUCUGCCAGUUUUUGAGCACUAUCAAGUUCCCGGAUGGCUUUGCUUCAAACAUUCCUCGGUGUGUGAAGACCAAGGAGUGUCAACAGUAG